CGGCCAGAAUCAGAAUUGAUCGUUGGACAGUACACCAUAGAUGUACUGUGUUUAGAUUUUGGUAAACCCACAUAUCUGUACAUGGGCAUCAUAUAACUUUCAUAAUGAGCUUAUUCUAUUCAGUUUGAUAUGCUUUAAAUAAUUGCAAUUUACUUAUAAGUUUUACCAGGAAGAAGUAUUGUCAAAACAUUAAUAAAUGUAAAAGAUGUAAUUUAGAAUACAAAAGUACAUGUUUAUGUUAUAUUCUAGAGCAAGAUUUAUGAACGAGAACCUAUAUCAGCAUAACACAUUUAUGACCAGAGUCAUGAUUCGAAGCUACACGGUAACGACAACAAUAUAUUUGACCAAACCUAUACUUCAAACUAUUGUCAAACCUAUGACAGGUGAAAUAUUGAUUAUCCCAGAUACUUCUGUUGAUUGCAAAGCAUUGCAUUUCAUUUAAACUGGUAAAUAAUUUAGCAUGUUUGCAAAUUUCACAACAACAAACUGUUGAUUGUAAGUUUAAAUUACCCGAUAUAUGCAAGGACAGAAAUGCUUUUUUUUUCAAGAAUACAAAUAUGUUAUUCAGUGUAGAACAGUAUUGGCGUUUUACAGUACGCCACGAUUACAAGUUGUUAAUAUUUUAAAGCAAAUAGAUCAUUGUAUUCAAUCUGGAUUAUCAUACUGGACUGGAUAAUCUAAAUAUGCAUGCUCAAUGGCAACCUGUGUAUUUAUAUUUGCUAAUGAUAACUCCAAUGUUGUUGGGUGUUUAUGCCUAUGAAGUGUGCACCUAUUGGCCGGACCUUAAAUACUGUGAUGACGGCUACUACUGUUGCAAUGACGACACCCACUGCUGCUCCGACACAAUUUUGACAAUUGGUGCAAUCAUUGGUAUAGUGAUCGGGUGUAUAGUUUUCGUCGGUUGUGUCAUUGCUGUGAUAUGCUGUGUUACAAAGCAAGGCCACCGACCUGGUCGAAUCGUCCAGCCAGUGCAACAACAUGGUGUCGCUGUAAUUACAACCGUACAUCCGCAAGGUCAGCCUGGAUACGGACAACCAAUGUACGGACAACCAUCGUACGGCCAACAGCAGUAUGGAGUUCAGCAACCACCCAUGUAUGGACAACCAACGUACGGGCAACAGCAGCAUGGAGUCCAGCAACCACAAAGCGGUGAUAAAGCGGGAACCAGUGAUCCAGCAUACCCACCUCCUCCAUCGAAUUAUUAA